UUCUUUUGGUUUCCUGUUUUUCUCCCCCGAAACCCUUAAUUCCUUAAACACUUUCUUACAGUUCUACCUCUCUUCGUGCGGUUUCUUCCUCUUUGGCGUUCUCCUUCAUCCUUUUCAUCAUCAUUCGAUCUUUCGAGAUUUGCGUUUCGGAAUUGUUGAUUGGGUCUUUGAAUUGGAGAUAAGAGAAAUUGGUGAAUGGGUCUUUCAAUUGGAGAUGAGAGAAUUUGGUGAAUCGUGUUUCUGAAUUGGCGAGAAGAACAAGGUUGCACAGCUAGUGCAGGGAUUGCUGCAAAUAUGCUUAUGGCUCGUCUUGCAACCAGAACUGCUAAACCAGAUGGUCAAUGCUACAUUUCUCCGGAGAAGGUCGAUGAAUAUAUGUUACAACUCUAUAUAAAGACACUUCCAAGUAUUGGACAUGUGUUGGAGCAAAAGUUGAAAAAGAAAGGAGUUCAGACUUGCGGCCAUCUGCGAAUGUUUCCCAAGGAGGCUUUACAGAGGGACCUCAGAACAAAGACCGGUGAAAUGUUGUGGAAUUACUCCAGAGGUGUUGAUAACCGGUUAGUUGGAGUCAUUCAGGAUGGUAGAUAGGAGAAUGGUAGAUAAAAGGAUGGCAGGAAGGGCAUAGAUUGAAGUUCUUUUGGACUGAUUUUGGACAAAUAAAUUAAAUACUAGAUUUUUGUUAUUAUAAUGAUUGUUAUGGAUAUUUUAUUUUAAUAAUAAGUAAUACUUAAUUUGAAAUAAUUUUUUUUGUUUGUAAUAGUUGGAUGUUUUGGUGUAAUAUUUUCAUUUUAACGAGCUACUAAAUAAACGCGUAUGAAACUCUUAAUUGCUAUAAGCUCA